UUGACUGAACUCACAUCUCUUUAACACUGCACAAUCUCCUCUCAUCACCACCAAUUUUCUCUUCCUAUUUUUAUCUCUUUUCCUUUUUUGUGUCCUCUUUUUUCGUUUCUCAUUCUACUAUCCUUUAGCUAAAUAAUACCAAAAAAACAUGCAAAUGAUCAAGCCAUUAUUAUUAGAGGGGAAAAAAGGAGGAAAUCAAAUUAUGUCAAUUCUUCAAGUUGAUCAACUUGACCAAUUACGAAACAUAUUUUCAAGAUUUGACAUGGACGAUGAUGGUAGUCUCACACAUUUAGAACUAGCUGCACUAUUACGUUCGUUGGGUAUAAAACCAUCUGGGGAUCAAAUUCAUGUUCUUUUAGCCAACAUGGAUUCUAAUGGAAAUGGAGCUGUGGAAUUUGAUGAACUUGUUAAUGCCAUUAUGCCAGAUUUAAUUAAUGGAGAAAUAUUGGAAAAUCAAGGACAGCUUUUGGAAGUUUUUCGAUCGUUUGAUCGAGAUGGCAAUGGUUAUAUUACGUUGGCGGAGUUGGCUGGAUCAAUGGCUAAGAUGGGACAGCCGUUAACGUAUCGUGAACUAACGGAGAUAAUUAAAGAGGCUGAUGUUGAUGGAGAUGGUGUCAUUAGUUUUAAUGAGUUUGCAACUGUUAUGGCUAGGUCUGCUGCAGAAUUUCUUGGCAUCCCUAUUUCAUAACAAUGGCGAUGCUUUGAUGGUUUGGUAUUUGUAUCAAUCAGCUAACUGUACAAAAUCUCAUAACUGUCUUGGUAUCAAUGUGUUGAUGAUCAUCUUUACUUGUGAAUAGUUUUGAGUCGAUUAAUGGGAUAUUGUUAGGCUUUGUUUUAUUCUAAAUUUUACUAGUUGGUAAGAUUCAUGUAGAUUAAGACUAAUUCCCCCCGUCCCCUUCCCCUGGUUUCUUCUCUUUUCUCCCCAACAGAAAGGAAAGAAAAUGUGUCUCUGUAUUUUUUUUAUGUAGACAUUAAAGCAGUUAGGUGCGUAUUGAUUAGCUAAUCCAGUGGAACCAUUGUGGCUAUGAUUUGAGUUGACAUGGA